GCUGUCCAGUGGUUAGCCCGUGUUGUGAUCCCGGUGUGUUGGGGGCACUUAACGACCGUGUGUAGCGUGAUUGCUUGGACUUUGUGCGACAGAAGUGCUACGAGAACCUGCUACGUCUCGUAGAGGCCGCCUUCACGGAAAAGCUCAAGUGACCAUAUGAGUGGUCGGUGACGCGAGAACACAGCAGCGUUAGAAGAUGAAGCCCCGGGGGGCGAGGGUCAUGCAUGCCUUCACUGCGCUCACCAUGCUCACCAUGGCCAAUGCUCAAACAACUUGCAACCAGGGAAUGGGAAGGGUCAUGUAUGAAAGACUACCCAAUCAACAGCUACAUGGAUUCGAUGAUGAUGUUGUACGCGAGACGGCGCCACCUUUUCGUGUCUUGGAGAAAUGCCAGGAUUUGUGUCUGCGUGACCGUUCUGGUAACAGCCUGGUUAGGACUUGCAACUCUAUUGAUUUCCAACCUGGUGCCAGAAUAGCUGCGUUCAGCCCUGAACCAGAAUAUGAGGAGUCCACUUGCUAUCUCACUAGGGAACAGGCCGCUCCCGAAGGUAUCGGGACCCUCAUGAUUGUACCGAACAGCGUCCAUUUCAAUGAAAUCUGCCUGACAUCCGAACGUCGUUGUGAUGGCUUAGCAGUUUUCAUUAAAGAAGAAAACAAGCGCCUCGGCGGGCCGUUCGAAGCCGACGUGUUUUCAAACAUGACUCUUGAUGAAUGUCAAGCAAUGUGUGUUCGGGCUGAGAAAUAUUUCUGCCGCUCCAUCGAGCAUGAUGCUAUGACUCGCCAAUGCGUUUUGUCUGAGGAAGACUCAGUUUCACAGAAAGACGACGUGACUGUUAGCGCAUCUCCCACCCAUCACUUCUACGACCUUGUUUGCUUGGACAAUCUCUCUCAUCGGGUGACAGCUCGUGGCACGGAGUACCCGGACAACAGUGUGACGUCACACCUGUUUUCUCCCGGACGUCGCCCGGACACGGCCUUCCAGAGGUACAGGAACAGUCGGAUUACUGGAGAGUUCCACUCGGAGAUCACCGGCCGAUCCCUCAGCGAGUGUUUGGAUGAAUGUUUGAGGCAGACCAGCUUCCAGUGCAGUAAUAGACUAAUGGGUAAUUGCAAGACUUGCAAGACUUGCAAGACACUUGCUGCAAGACCAAGACCAAGACCAAGGCUGGGAGCGCAAGACCAAGACCAAGACCAAGACCAGGUGUAUUGGUGCAAGACCAAGACCAAGACCAAGACUGGCUAA